AUGGCGGCCCGGCGCCUCCUCUUCCUCCAAAGUUGCCGCAGCUACUCUACCUCAGCCUCAGCUGAGGACAUGGUCAUCUCGUCCCUCCGCUUCCUCCCCUCCCCUACCAUUACCAAUCCACCUCCAAUCCCUACUAUUCUUCAUUCUACCGACUCUCCUCCUGACCCCCAUCCAGCGCUUACCGCCAUGCUCCUAUCUGCCGCAGAUCGCCUCCGUGGGGUCUUCCUCCGCAAGCCCCCUGGCCGCACUGCGCUACACCAGGCGCUAUCCUCAACAGGCAUUGGCGCUGCCAUGGCGCUCUCACCAGAUGUUCUUGCCAAUGUCGUCAACGCCGGCGAACUCAGUGGUGCCGCCACUGUCACUUUCUUUGAUUGGGCGGUCACUAACUCCAAGCCUCCCCCAUCCGUCCACACCUGCAACAUUGUCAUUAGGGCAUUGGGGAGGAAGAAAUUCUUUGAUUUUCUAGAUGACGCCGUUCAGAUCAUGUGCAGAAACAACAUCUUUCCAGACCUGACCACGCUGGAGAUCAUCAUUGAUAGCCUAGUUGCCGCCAGGCAUGUCAGUAGGGCUGUUGAGGUGCUCAGUACCGACCAAUUUGGAUUUGGGAUUGGGAAAGCUUGCCACAGAAAGGAGGCAUUUACUGUCCUCAUCAGGUGUCUUUGCCGGAGGUCACAUGUUGGUCUUGCUAGCUCACUCUUGCAGGCUGCUCGUAAGGAGUUGCUUGGUCUUGAUAGCGAUGUGUACAAUGAUGUCAUGGGUGGCUGGGCGAGGUUUGGGAGUGUUGAUAAAUUGCAGGAGGUUUGGACAAAGAUGCAGGAGGAUGGGCUAGUUCCAAAUGAGGUUUCACAUUGCCAUCUAAUUGAGGGAUUGGGUAGAGCCGGGCAGACUGAGGACGCACUCAGGGAGUUUGAGAAUAUGGUACAUGGGAGAUAUGGUCCAACUACGAUGGCCUACAAUGCACUUAUUUUCAAUUUUAUUUCAGUUGGGGAUUUGGACAGUUGCAUCAAGUAUUACAAGGAUAUGUUGGAAAAGAACUGUCCCCCAAACAUCGACACGUACUCCAAGAUGAUUAAAGCCUUUUUGAGAGGUCGCAGGGUAGCUGAUGCGCUCCACAUGUUUGAUGACAUGUUGGUCCAAGGAGUUCUGCCAAAUACUGGGAUGAUAACAUCAUUUAUCAAUCCAUUGUGUACAUUUGGACCGCCUCACGCUGCUUUGAUGAUAUACAAAAAGAGUAGGAAGGCUGGUUGUGUGAUAUCCUUGAAAGCUUAUAAGCUUUUGCUAGAAAGGCUCGCUAAAUUUGGGAAGAGUGGAAUUGUUUUGGACAUUUGGGAAGAGAUGCAGGAGUGCGGAUAUCAACCCGAUAAGGAGAUUUACGAGUUUAUUGUAAAUGGGCUUUGCAGUGUGGGUAAGGUUGAUGCUGCUGUGUCUGUGGUAGAGGAAUCACUUCGGAAUGGCUUCUGUCUUGGGAGAGUUGUUUGCAGCAAACUGAACAACAAGCUGUUGGAGAUGGACAAAGUUGAGACCACAUAUAAUUUGUUCAAGAAAGUUGUCCUGCAGCCAACAUCAAGUGGCUUAGCAAUUCAAGUUGAGCAGAACAGGGAUGGAGGAUAUCUAAUCGUCUUCGUUGUCUUCGAUGAUUUGAUUCUUGUUCGAUGGGAAUUGACAGGACAGAUCAUGAGGGUAUUUCAUGCAUUCCACCCUUCAGGUUCAGUGUACAGGCCACUAGCUGGGUAUCCAAAAAUUGGGUUGCCAAACAGGCUAGCCUCUCAGAUCAAUAGCUUCUCGGACCACCAACUCAAGUUUACUAUGUCUGGGAUGGCAUCUGAUGAUGCACCUGCCCAAGUGAGUGUUGAAGGAGAUGUUUCAGAUAAAAAAGUAGAAGAAGUUCAAGACCAGAAUGAAGUGGGUGGGAUGCCCUCACGACAAGAGGAGGAGGCGGUAAUUAAGAAAAAGUAUGGAGGAAUAUUACCCAGAAAGACUCCACUUAUAUCUAAGGACCAUGAACGAGCUUACUUUGAUUCUGCUGAUUGGGCUCUAGGAAAGCAAGGUGGUGUUCCCAACAAACCUAAAGGUCCUCUUGAAGCACUUCGACCGAAGCUUCAGCCUACUCAACAGAAUGCCCGUGCCCGUCGAACUUCUUAUGCAUCUGCGGACAGUGAUGAGACUUUGAACUUGUCUCCUGAGGAUCUGGUCCCGCAAGGAGAACUCGUCGAGGACAAGAACAAAGAAUAA